AUGGAAGAGAAAGAGUAUGACACUCAGGUUAAUGAUGAAAUGCGAUCUGGUUGUAAAGAUUUAUCUCACCAGGCACAAGUACAGAUAAACAAAAAUUCAUACAGGUGUGAUAUCUGCCUUAAAGUCUUCUUCCAGAAUGAGCUUUUGUCUUACCACAAAUGUAUUCAUACAUGUGAGAGACGAUACCAACAUGAUAUCUGCAAACAUAUGAUUCUUCAUAAACGUAUUCAUACAGGUGAAAAACCAUAUCUCUGUGAUGUUUGCAGUAAAACCUUCUCUCAGAGAGAACUAUUGAUUAGUCAUAAACGAAUUCAUACAGGUGAAAAACCUUAUCAGUGUGAUGUUUGUGGAAAAAGAUUCUCUAGAGAAGAUCAAUUAAUUAGACACAUACGUAUUCAUACAGGCAAGAAACCACAUAACUGUGAUAUUUGUGGUAAAGAAUUCUCACACAAGAGCAAUUUAACUUCAGGUGUGUGA